ACGAGUGUCUGUAUUGCAAUUAUAUUGCACUGUAAGCGUUUCCUAGUGCUUUCUCACAACGGUCAGACAUUUUUAAAUUAAUAUUUUAUUUAAAUAAAGAAUACUGCUGAAAAUAUUUUCGCUGCUUCUGGAAAAUAUUUGCCAUAAAUCAUCAAAAUGAGCCGUACCUUCAUUGUUUGUGGUAACUGGAAGAUGAACGGCGACACUGAGCAAACCCUCGACAUCAUCAAGAACUUGACUCAGCUUCCCCUGGAUCCUAACGUAGAGAUCGUGUUAGCCAUACCUUCAAUUUACAUAGCCUACGUGAAGACUAUGGUUCCUUAUAACGUUGCUUUGGCUGCGCAGAAUUGCUGGCGCACUGCUAAAGGCGCCUUUACAGGAGAAAUCUCUGGGCCUAUGAUCAAGGAUGUUGGCGCUGAAUGGGUGAUCCUUGGCCCCUCUGAAAGAAGAAUUAUUUUUAAGGAAGAUGAUGAUCUAAUUGCUGCUAAGGUGGAGCAUGCUCUGGAGUCUGGCCUGAAGGUAAUCGCCUGCGUCGGUGAGAAUCAGGAGCAAAAAGAUGCUGGUCUAACCGAAGAGGUUGUGACCAAGCAGAUUAAGGCUCUAGUGCCAGCUAUUGGCAACAACUGGCAGAAAGUUGUGCUGGCUUACGAGCCAGUUUGGGCAAUCGGUACUGGUGUGAGUGCUUCUCCUCAACAGGUUCAGGAAGUGCACGCGGCAAUCCGCAGCUGGCUGUCCACCAAUGUCAACAGUGAUGUGGCUGACAGCGUUCGUAUUCAGUACGGAGGGUCUGUGACUGAAGCCAAUGCCACGGAGCUAGCCGCUUGCGCAGAUGUCGACGGGUUCCUUGUAGGAAGCGCCAGCCUGAAGCCCGAGUUUGUCGACAUUAUUAACUCCUCUUAUUUCAUUUAAAUUCCUAGCUGUUUAUUCUCGUUUUAGAUGUAACUCCGCAGUUGCGGUAUAAUGUAGUAGUUUCACGACGUAAGUGUCGCCAUACGAAUUUGUGUAUUGAUUAGAAUUAGACGUAACUUGAAACUUAUGCCUCAUG